AUGGAGGAGGCAAUCACGCGGAUCAACGAGCUCCGACCCAGGUAUGUGUUCCUGACAGCGAAAAGCGGCGCUGGAAAGACGUACUUCUCAAAUCGCUUGAAAGGGUAUACAGUGGUGGAGUUGGAUGAAGUGGUGAAGAGCACCGGGGAAGCUUUUGGGCUUGACGAGGCGGCAGCGAUCAAGAUGUACAAGAAUGCUUUACCUGCCCCUGUCAUGGACGCAUUUGUGAUAAAUAUUCACUCCAUCUUCCGACAGCACCCUAAGGCUCGUAUUGUGAUCGAAGGAGCGAUUGCAGAAGCAGCACUGGUUAAGAGGAUCUUCUCGGGUUCAUACGCUGCGUUCAUGUUUGUGUAUUUAUACCCGGUCGACGUGAAUGCGUACGCGUUGCGGAUGAUGAAGCGCUUCAAGUACGAGAAAGAGAACGAUAUUCGCAGCCUGUCAAUUUGGCCAAAGGUGACGUCACAGCUUGAAGAGGCUGCGUACGAGUCGGACGAACUGAUGCUGUUUAUGCUACGAAUGGCUCGGGAAUCGAUGACUAAGUCAGCGCUCCGCUACGAGUACUUUGAGAAAAACGGUCUAGUCAUGGUUCGGGUAGACGUAUAA